AUGCCGCCUCGCGCGUCGGUGAUGGACGACGACAAGCGCAGCGCCUCUUCUUGCAUCGUCGAAACCGGCGCCAUGUUCUUUCUGCCCAAGAUCUUUGCUCGUGCCGACGACGAGCCCCCCGCGUCCGGGGCGGCGUUUGCGUCCCCCAACGACAAGAAUGUUGCCGACGGAAACAAUGCGACGACCGUGGCGAGGACGGACUCAAGCCGCGAUGAUGCCUCUGUCGAAGCCCAGGCUGGUGUUUUGGAGAUGGAGGCCAUCUCCAAAGUAUGGAGCAGAAACCACAUCAUCAUAGCAUACGUCUUCAUCUGGAUCAUCUACUUCAUGGACUCGAUGCACUCGAGCAUGUCCUUCACGCUCACGGCCUACGUCACCAGCUCCUUUCGGCAGCACGGGCUCACGGCAACCACCAACGUCUUUGCAAACUUGAUCGGAGGUCUCUUCCGGCUGCCGCUGGCCAAGAUCCUCGACAUCUGGGGCCGGCCGCAGGGCUUCGCACUGGUCGUCUUGUUCUUGGUCAUCGGCCUAGUCAUGAUGGCCGCCUGCCAAAACGUCGAGACGUAUGCCGCCGCACAGGUCUUUUACUGGAUCGGGUUCAACGGCAUCGCGUACACGCUGCAGGUCUUCAUUGCCGAUACCUCGGAACUGAAGAACCGAGCCUUCUUCUUCGCCUUGACGACGUCGCCGUUUCUCAUCACAACGUGGGCAAGUGGCCCGGCGGCCAGCAGCUUCCUCACCGGCGCCGGCUGGAGAUGGGCCUUUGGGACCUUUUGCAUCGUCGUCCCCGUGGUGUGCUCCCCGAUCCUCGUGCUCUUUCUGUACAACCAUUUCAAGGCCAAGAAGAUGGGUGCGCUGCCGGCGAGACAGCCUUCCGGAAGGACCCCCCUCCAGAGUAUAAAGCACUACGCGAUUCAGUUUGAUGUUGUUGGGCUGCUGCUGGCCGCGGCCGGCAUGGCGCUGUUCCUGCUGCCCUUCAACAUCUACCAGUUCCAGGCUGAGCAGUGGGGGUCCCCCAUGAUCAUUGCCAUGCUUGUUGUCGGCGUUGUCCUUCUCGUCGUCUUUGCCCUCUACGAGAAGUACGUGGCGCCCGUGCAGUUCAUCCCGUACCAGCUGCUGGUGGACAGGACCGUCAUGGGCGCUUGCGUUUUGGGCGCGAUUGGCUUCAUCAGCUUUUACAUCUGGAACGGCUUCUUCUCGUCCUUUCUCCAGGUGGUUGUCGGCCUGACGCUGACGGAAGCGACAUAUGUCGGGCGAACGUACAACAUGGGAAGCUGCUUCUGGGCCCUGGUUGUCGGUGUCAUUAUUCGGUGGAGCGGCCGGUUUAAAUGGCUGGCGUUUUACUUUGGCGUGCCGCUGAUGAUACUGGGAAUUGCCCUCAUGAUUCAGUUCCGCCAGCCUGGCGUCGACGUUGGCUACGUCGUCAUGUGCCAGGUCUUCAUCGCCGUGGCGGGCGGCACUCUUGUCAUUUGCGAGCAGAUGGCCGUCAUGGCUGCUGUCUCUCACCAGAACGUUGCGGUUGCGCUGGCAAUGCUAUCCAUGUUUACUAGCAUUGGGGGAGCCAUCGGGUCCAGCGUUUCUGGAGCCAUUUGGAAUGGCAUUUUCCCCCGUAAGGUGGCCGAAUAUCUGCCUCCGGAUACUAAAGACCAGGCGGCCCUCAUUGUUGGAAAUUUGUCCAAGCAGCUGGAGUAUCCGUGGGGGAGCCCGGCACGCGAGGCCAUCAUGGCUGCGUAUGGAGAUGCUCAGAGGGUUAUGCUGAGUUCGGCAACUGCCUUUGUGUGCUUGAGUAUAGUUGCUGUGGCGGUAUGGCGCGAUAUCAAGGUCAAGGACUUCAACAAGGUGAAGCAAACCGAUGCAUAA